AUGGAAGAAGCACAUUCAGUGAAUAGUCCAAGACGAGUUUUAAGCUUCUCGAAGAGAAAUAAGCAAAAGCCCGGUUUCCAGGAUUCAGACAGCAUAAGGUCAUCUCCUUUUAGAGCUUCAGAAGUGCAUGGACCCAAACCAUCUGAGGUGUAUGGUUUUGUAGGUUCCAUAUCGACUGUUGUUGCCACAGUGAUCUUCUUGAUAUGGGCAUACGUACCUGAUAAAUUGUUGGAGUCAAUAGGGAUCCAUUACUACCCAAGUAGGUAUUGGGUAUUGGCUAUGCCGACGUAUUUGAUGGUGACUUUGCUGUUAGGAUUGGUGUUUUACAUUGGCCUCAACUUCAUUGCCACUCCUCCCCCAACCUCUCUCAAUACCUUGUUUGGUGAGCACCCGCACCGCUCUCCUGAGACUUGCACAGUUCAUAAUGAGUACAGUCGAGAACCGGGGGAAUUUGAUCCCAGGAUGGAGGAAGGUGAAGACAGACCUAUAGAUCCAAUCUCUGACAUUGAUAUAACAAGAAUCAAUGAUCUUAUGUUUAAUUCAAGUGAUGAUGCCAAGUGA